AUGGACGAUGAUGAUGAGAAAUCUGAAGAACAUGAUGAGGACGUGGAAGGGAGGAAGAUGAGGUGGAGGACGAGGCCGUUGAUGAAGGGGAUGAGCAAGGAAAGAAGAGUAGAAAAAGGUACCAACUAUGAUAUCAUUGGUUUUGGUACAUGCGCCUUAUGUUUCUCUUUCCUGGCAUCUUCACGUGUGUUUAUUGACUCUGAUGUUCAACCCACGAGGGAUUAUCUGACUUGGUUGGGAUCAAACUCAGAAGUUGCAAGCAGGGUUAAUCCAGAUGUUGUUACAAAGGCUGAGCCAGCUACUAUAGGGACACUCUUAUCCUUCAUGAGGCAGGAAGGAGAAAAGGUUGCUUGGUUUGAGUGCACGGCUACCAUUGACGAUGUCGUCCAUGGUUCUGCAUGGUAUUAUAUUGCCUGCUGUGGGGGCAUGACUAAGGCAACCAAAGGGCCUACCACACUUAUGUGUAAGAAAUGUGGUAAAGCGGAUGUUGCUGGUGUUGCAGAGUACCUCACGAAGAUAUCUGUGUAUGACACCAAUGAUCAGGCGACCUUUGCUAAUGCUGUCGUGGGAGAUGAUCACGUAGUCCCGGUGCCUCAAGCUCUUAUUGAUACAAUUGGCCAGACUCACAUGUUUGUUAUCAAGAUAUCAGAUUACAAUUUUACCGGUAAGAGCAAGGAUUUAACUUUCACCAAGGUCCUCCGUCCUCAGACUCCAGAACCUGAAGUGAACGUUGCAGAGAACCUGGUUGUUCCUUCGGCCGAUGAAGCUUUGCAAGGGGAUAAUCCUGAGGAAUCUGCAGAUGAGAGGGUGAAAAGGAGCUCUGAUAUGGUUGAGACAGAGGAAGCCAAGCUUGCCAGAUGUGGCUGA